GUCAUUUUUAUUGUAACGUAACCUAAAAGAGCUGAUGUCAAACUUAAUAAAAACAGUGUAAAUAAACGAAAUUACGUCAAAAAUAUUAUGAAUAAUAUUUGUUAGACGUAUUAGGUAAAAUCAUGAAAUUCAUUAAUGAUGUAUGUUUAGAGUAUAUCAUUCUGUAUUAUUUGGAUGUGCAGAAGGAUGUUUUAUCGGGAAAAAUUACGGAAAAGGUUUUUAUUGAUGGCAUGCACAAAUUUUGCUGUAAAUAUAACUUUAACUAUGAGCAUGCAAAGUUAAAAAGGUACUUUCAUUAUCUGCAAAAUACAUUUACUGAGUUAAAAAUGAAAAACGCAGAUUUAAAUUGGGAAUACUAUGAAGUUAUAGAUGGAUGUUCACUACACAGUGCUUUUGCUAUGGUACAUAACAAUUAUAUUUUAACUGAGGAAGCAAUUUUGUUUGUUGUUGACUGUAUUAAAUACAGAUUAAACCAACUAAAUGAGCAUCUUUUAAUACCAAGUGUUAUAUUAAAUGUUGUGAAUGAUAUGCAUGAUUUUGGUAUACCCUUGAAGUUCAUGCAUAUAGAGGAAAUUUGGGAGAAAUACAAACAUUUAGGUCAAGGCAAAAGAUCGCAAUUUUUUUACAAAUAUUUGCUGAUGGUUUACAGGAAUGAUGUUGGAGAUCUGGCUGGUGAUAAUGGUGUUCUUGAGUUCAUGAUAUUCUAUAAUUUAACUUGGGAUGAACUUUUAUUUGAGUGGGGCAAACUGAAUUGUGUAUAUAAGUUUAUAAGAAGUAAAAGAUACAAUUCGAAUUGGAUGUUCUAUGAUGAUUUGUUGAAAUUUCAUAAUGAUACUAGAGAUGUUUCAAUGCAAUUAUUAUAUAUUCCUUUGGAGAGAAUUAUUUUUUCCAAUGUUACUAAGAAGAGAUUAAAAAAUAAUACAAAAAACUAUGAAGUUAAAUUAAAUAGGAGUAAAAAGAUGUUGAAAAUAGCACAAUCAAAGAAAAGUAACUCAGAAACGCUUAAUUUGCGAAGUAAAGUAAUAUCAAAAAGUGGUGAAAAGAAAAAAUUUAAGGAAACAAGAAAAAAUCUAAAAUCAGUUAGGAAAAAAUUGUUUCAAAGCAAUAGUGAUAGCUCUACAAAAGAAAGUAUAGCUGACAAUAUGGAAACCAUACACAAACAACCAAAAAGAAAAUGUAACGAAACCAAAAAUAUUAAUUUUUUAUGUGUUAGCGAUGUCAUCACAAUAUCUGACUGUGAGUGUAAUUCAAACAAAAAAGAUUGCAAUGAAUCCAAAAAAAACGAUUCUUCUGAUGAGAGUGAGAUUAUCAAACAAAACGGUGCCAUAACGAAGAUAAUAGAAACAUUAGAGAGAGGUAAACAGAAAGAAAUGUUGGAAGAGUUGAUAGAAAACAUAACCAACAAAAAUAACACGUCAAAAAACAAAGAGAAAGGUAAAGAAAUCGUGAAACCCAACACCGGGGAAGCCCCGGGAAACGCAUCGACAUCGCGGGCGAAAACCGUCAAGGAGGCCAUGAAAGAACCAAUCAGAAUCCUCUCCAACAUACUUCUAGUCCCCGCCUUCACCAAGCCGCCAACCAAAGAAAUCGAAACGGAUUACGCGAAGAUGAUCGAAAAUUUCGAGGAACUGCGCAGCCUCAGCCGACGCAGAAAGUCACCGCGCGUGCGCAAACAAAUUUACAACAGUCUGUCGGAUACGCUGAGAUGCGAGAAAAAACGUUUGAAAAAAAUGGUGGAAGUAAAGGAGGAUUAUAAGCAAAGGAACGAGUUCCUUACCCUGUUUAAAGAAAGGGUUAAUACGACUGUUUGUUAAAUUAUAUGUUAUAAAAGUGAUUUUUUGUAAAAACGGCCUAAAUAUUUAAAUAUGGCCAAUUUUAAAAUUCUAGUAUGCCUAUUUAUCUAUAUUUAGUAUGUCUGUUUAUUUUUAUAUUUAUUAUGUUAAGUUAAAAUAUAACAUGUUCUGUUUGAUGAAGUGCUUUUAUUAACCC